AGCAUUCUUGCCCGGCCUUCAGUCUGCCAACUGGCUUGGUUGACAACGGCUGGUGACCCAAGGAGCUGCUGAUAGACGCGGACUAGCCAUCUCUGAACAACUUCUUGAAUCAGCUAUUUCCACAGGUGUUCGAAAGAAGAUGAGUUUUUACAGAAGGCUUCAUUCCUUUUUCCAAAGACUCAUCUCUAGGGAGCACAGAGAGAUCCAUGUGCACAAAGUGCUUGUCCAACCUGUAGCAAUGGAGGCAUGCUCUGACUUUAGCCAGCAAGAACAGGCCUUGCCAGAGAAGCCCCAGAGAAGGAAAUGUUCAUGGUCCAUCCUGUCAGGCAUGAAAAGACUCUGUGUCUGUAGCCAAUCUGACACCUCGAUGGCAGACAGGGAUGAGGAGAGAACAAUUUCCUCACAAAGAAGGUGGAGGCACUUGUCCCGGAAGAAGAUAGCAGCUGAGAACCAGGUGGAGUCAGAGGAGGUGAAGCUGCAGGAGGAUACAGGGAAAGUUGAACUGGAUCCUACAGACCCCCGGGGAGCAGCUUCCCUCAGCCCAGCUCCAAGCCCUGCUGAUGAGAGCCGUGAAGGGUCUGACGACACCCACCCUGGAGCGAUUUCAAGCCGCCGAGGAAGAGCUGAGGACCAUCGUGUCUCUACACGGAGACAAGAUGGAGAGACUCUGAUCCUGCUGCCCAUCCCCACAGGAUCUGAGUGCCUCCCCCGUGAAUUAGACUGGCCUAGGGAGGUUUCUGGCAGACUUCAUUUCUACAUCCCCUGGGUAGGAGGCUCUCAGAGUCAUUAUUCCCCCUGAUUAAUGAAGCUCCACCGCCCUCCUGGGAGGUAGGAAUUCAACCCAUUUGACACCUGGGGAAACUGAAGCCCAGAGAGCUCCUUGAGUUGCCCAAGCCUGCGCAGGUGGGGUUAUCGAGAAAGGAAUCAGGGUUCACGUUCCCUACAGUCCUUUAACUGUUGCCUUCAAUCACUCGGCCUGGAAAUAGGUGACAUUCCUGCCCUUCCCCAGAUACCGCCUGCCCAUGGCGCCUAAGUGCAGACUUAUUCCCUUCCUGGGCUUUGGCUUUCCUGGAAACUCGGAGACUCAUAAACAAACAGAAUCUUGAGCCUGAGCUUCCUCUCCAAACCUGCCUGUUCCUGGGGUUUCCUGCAGGUCGUCCCUGUCUCUGUCCGAGUUCCCUGUUUCCAGCAGGUCCCAGCGGGAAGAUAACAAAUGGCCCCUCAAUCAGCAGAUUGAUUUGUGCAGGGCUCUAACUCCUGCUAGCAGAACAGGGCACCAGAAUCCAGCCACCCGGGUUGUAGCUCCUGCUCCUUGUUCGAGAGAGGAAAGAGCAAUGACCAGUUCCUCAUGGAAGAGCCCGAGGGGGCGGCCUGUCCCUUUCGGGUCUGUCCACCCUGUGCUGCAAACUCUGCAGCAGGAGCCGGAAAACCUGGCCCUAUGGACGUGGGCUCCCAGGGCUGGCACUGUGGGGCCAAACGGCAACGCAGUCUCUUCUGGGCUUGGGCUGGAACUGGAGCUCUGAAGCCUGGGGAGGAGGGGGCUUCAGAGCCUGGGCUCCAGCCCAAGUCUCCAGGUCUGCACUGCUGUUCCCAGUGCCAUAGCCUGAGCCCGAGGUUAGAGACCCGGCUUUGAGAUUGGUUACGGCAGGUUUUAAAAUCCCACAGUGUAGAGGUUCUCCUUAGGGCUGGGGCCUGGAGCUGGCUAGCCCCGUCCAACUAGCCCUGCCUGCCAUCUCUGGGAUGGGCUCUGGGGUACAUCAGUGGAACCAGCUGGGUCUGGAGCAGCGCUUCUCUACCUGGGACAUCCUCAGGGCCAAACAGGUGGUAUUGGACGUGCCCCACACAGCACAUAUGGGGCCCACAAUGGAAACUGGGUUGAGAAGCACGGGCCUGGAGGAACUGAUUGUGCUAGAAAGAUCAGCAGGAAGCUGCAGAGAUGGAGGAAAGGCUCCUGCAGGGAAGCCCUUGAGAGCAGGCUGAGAGCAGUUUGCUAAGGCAGGGAAGGCCCUGGGAUAGCAGGGGAGUUUGGGCUGUGCCCACGGUAAGGUUUGGGGGAAGUCUUUUGUGUGUGUUUCUGAGCUUUAAGGUACUAAACCAGACCUCAGGAAGGCUGGGGUUCCUGGACUUGUCAAAGCCUCUUUCUUCAGAUUAUGGAGGAGCCAAGAUGGGCAACCGAGGUGAGAGGCGGCUUGCAGGGCUGCCAGGAGGGGUUACCUGGGAGGUUGCCACUCAUGGAUAAAUCCAUC